CCCCACCCCCUCAGCCCCACUCUCUCCUCCAACACAGACAGCCGAGAGCUGAGAGAGGUUUUUCCGCAGAGCAGCCCAGCCGUCUCCUGGAUCAUCGCUCGCCAUGGCUCCCACGUUGGCCACCGCUCACAGGCGACGAUGGUGGAUGGCCUGCACGGCCGUGUUGGAAAACCUGCUCUUCUCCGCCGUGCUGCUGGGCUGGGGCUCGCUGCUCCUCAUGUUGAAGUCCGAGGGCUUCUACUCUUACCUCUGCGUGGACCCGGGGAACGCGACGAACGGGAGCCUGCACGGUGCGAACGAAACGCAGGAGGUGAUGAUCAUGGUGAACAACUGGCUGGUGUGUAAGGACCAGGAUGAGAUGCUGAACCUGGCCUUCACGGUGGGCUCCUUCCUCCUCAGCGCCAUCUCCCUGCCACUCGGCAUCGCCAUGGACAAAUACGGCCCCCGUAAACUCCGGCUCAUCGGCAGCACCUGCUUUGCACUGUCCUGUCUGCUGAUCGCGUAUGGAGCCAGUAACCCCAACUCCCUCUCUGUCCUCAUCUUCUUCGCGCUCUCGCUGAAUGGGUACGGAGGGAUGUGCAUGACCUUCACCUCGCUGACGUUGCCCAACAUGUUCGGGGAUCUGAGAUCCACCUUCAUCUCUCUGAUGAUUGGCUCGUACGCCUCAUCUGCAGUCACCUUUCCUGGCAUCAAGGUCAUCUAUGAUUUCGGAGUUCCCUUCAUCACCAUCCUCCUGGUGUGGGCGGCCUGCGCUGGCCUCGUCUUCCUCAACUGCUUACUCAACUGGCCACUCGAGCCCUUCCCCGGGCCUGAGGACAUGGACUACACCGUGAAGAUCAAGUUUAGUUGGCUGGGCUUCGAUCACAAGAUCACGGGGAAGCAGUUCUAUAACCAGGUGACCACAGUGGGCAGGCGGCUGAGUGUCAGCAACGCCAACAAACCCCAACUCAAACUACACGGCCAGGACGACAACAAGCUCUGCCUGUCCACCAUGGACCUGGAGGUCAAGUGCCAGGGAAAGGACGAUGCUGCUAAUUCCUCGUUUAUGAAGAGUGUUUGCAGCCCCAUCUACAUCCUGAGCCUGGUCACCAUGUGUGUGACCCAGCUCCGCUUGAUCUUCUACAUGGGCGCCAUGAACAACAUCCUGGAGUACCUGGUGGAUGGGGACCUGAUGACAGUAAUGGAGACGGUCAGUCUAUACUCCUCCAUCUUCGGGGUGCUGCAGUUGCUGUGCUUGAUGACAGCCCCAGUGAUCGGGUACAUCAUGGACUGGAAGCUGAAGGAGUGCGAGGACAACGCUGACCAGAGCGACGAGAAAGAGCAGCCGGGAGCGAGUCCCAACGGUAAAAAGAGACGAGACCGUAAGAUUCAAAAAAUCACCAACGCCACCCGAGCUUUCGUCUUCACAAACAUCCUCCUGGUGGGAUUCGGCAUCUUCUGUCUGAUCCCCAACUUACCCCUUCAGAUCAUGUCCUUCAUCCUGCACACCAUUGUCCGAGGUUUUAUCCACUCCGCAGUCGGGGGGCUUUACGCUGCCGUGUACCCCUCCACGCAGUUCGGCAGCCUGACGGGGAUGCAGUCGCUCAUCAGCGCCCUGUUCGCCCUCCUCCAGCAGCCGCUGUUCCUGGCCAUGAUGGGCCCCCUGGAGGGAGACCCUCUAUGGGUUAAUGUGGGGCUGCUGGGGGUCAGCAUGAUGGGCUUCUGUCUGCCCAUAUACCUACUGCUGUAUCGGCACCAGCUGUACAAGGAGAAGGAGAGGAAGACCGAGGACGCCAAGCUCUUCAUGAAGAUCAACGGCAGCUCCAAGCACGAGGCCUUUGUGUAGAGCUGGAGCCCCGCGACCCAGCGAGACAGGACUCUCUACAGCCCUCCCUCACACAGGCCCCGCACACUCACACUCACGCUCACACUCACACCGACAUCAACAGCACUCCACCCCUUCAAUGUCACUUGGCUUUGAAGGAGGCAGCACUGGGGGUUGAUGCUGAGUGUGGGGUGAGUUGGGGUUAGGGGAGGAGAUCAUACCGUUAAUAUUGCAAACUAACACACGUCGUUUCCAGUCUACCGCCCUCCCAAACCUCUCCUGUUAAAUGGUGGCUGUCUGGAAUCGAGUGGUGCUUUCCCCCCCCCCGCCCCAUGCCC